AUGAGGCAUACCGGUGACUACCAGGAGCUCGUCGAUCUGCUGAUGAGUGUGCCGGCGCCGACCACGACGAGAUUUCGAGUAAGCGACCUGAGGCGUGUUCUUGGCUGCUGCCCCACGGGGGACUUGCUCAAGGAGUACGUGGAGAGUUCCGAAGCCGAAGGCAGGAACUCGCUCUCUUUGCGGGAGUGUCGGGAUGCCUACCGCUCCGGCAAGUACCUCGAAUCGAGGCCCUGGAUGCUGCACGUCCUGCGGUUCUCGACUGUACUCGUCGUAGGAAGACGCCGUCGCCAAGAUGCCAUACUGAAGCGUGUUGCGAGUCUCUCUGUGGACACGGAAGCACUGGGGUGCAUUGAUAGGUCGAUCAGAGUGAACAUGUGCUCCACGACUUGCGGAUUCGUUACUCACUUUCCCUUUUUCAUCCUGAUCGUCUCCCUUGUGCAGGUUGCCACGUUCGCCUAUCACUGCGCAGUCCCUUCUUGCUCCGAAUCCACCCAGGACCGCCAGCUCUGCCAAUUACCCUGCAACACCUCUCUCAUCUUCAAUCCACGCAAGCGACGUGAACUGUGGCGUUUCCUGACUUACUCGCUGGUGCACGACGGCUUCUUGCACCUCGGCAGCAACGUGUUUCUCCAGAUCGCCUUCGCCUUCCCGCUUGAAGUGGUCCACUCCUGGUGGCCGAUAAUGCUCGUAUACGUCAGUGGUCUGCUCUGCGGUCCGCUGGCGCAGUCGUUGCUGAACCCUGACGCUUUCAUUGCCGGUUCUUCGAGCGGAGUGUACUCCCUCCAGACGGCGCACUUGGCACACGUCCUAAGCAACAUACGCGACAUGGAACUUGCCGGGCUCAGAAUAGCCAUGCUGCUUCUCGUUUACUUGAAUGACCUGUACUCGAUCGUGCGGGGCCCCCAAAGCCGCCAUGGCCAGCUUUUGAGCUACGCCGGUCACUACGGUGGCGCGCUGGCUGGUCUGGUAGUAGGGCUACCUGUGCUGAACUCAGCACAACGCAAGCGUUUCUAUUUGUGA